AUGUAUUUUUUAAACACUUCGUCAUUUAAUUUGACAUUCGUGGAAUGAUAUGAGUUACUUAUUUUGUGGUAGAACCCAAUGACAACUAUUCUCCGCAAAGAGUACAUUUGAUUCUCCGUUAGGAGUACUAUUAUUCCUAAUUAUAAUACUACUGUUUGUAUUAAUGCAAUGAUAACUAGUUCUCUUAUUGGUCUGUGGCAAUGAUUAGGGCAGACAAAGCAUUCGGUGAAAUUUGUGUUUUUUUUUAAUUAUUUUGGCCUUUGUUUAAAUUGUUUAGAAAACUAAUUAAAGUUAUUUAUGCCAAUAAUAAAAUCUAUUUAAAGAUAUACUACAAAUUUGUUGUUAAUUAUAGAUAUGAUAAAUAGUUUGUAUGUUAUGUUGUUGUGUUAAGUGUAGUGUUAGGUGAAUAAACCAUGUCGUCGUCUUUAGAAGAAAGUCCCAUUAUUAAUUCUGAUAUUGAGAAUGAUGUUACAAGUAGUCAAAGAAAUCUUGUCGUCAAUGACAUAGUUGAGGAGACUACAGGAUGGAUCAAAUGUCGGACAGUGCUUGGUAUCAUGGGGUUCUUGGGUUUUGCCAAUGUUUAUGCAAUGAGAGUAAAUCUGUCAGUUGCGAUAGUUGCUAUGAUUAAUUCAACAACUCCUAUGCCAUCUAAUGAUUCCACUCUCGAUGUCUGCCCUGCUACAGGUCCUAGUAAUAGUAGUGCACCAGCAAAACCAGGUGAAUUCAAUUGGACAGCUGAACAGCAAAGUAUUAUUUUGGGUUCAUUUUUCUAUGGAUAUGUGUUAACACAGGUCCCUGGAGGUAGAAUAGCUGAAAUAUUCGGUGGGAAGCUUGUGUAUGGUGUAGGAGUAUUAUUAACAGCAAUAUUCACUAUACUUAGUCCAAUUGCUGCUUAUGUAGACUUCAAGUUCUUUAUUGUUGUGCGAGUAUUAGAAGGAUUGGGUGAAGGUGUGACGUAUCCAGCUAUGCAUGCUAUGUUGGCUAGAUGGAUACCCCCAAUGGAGAGAUCGAAAUUUGCAGCUUAUGUGUAUGCAGGAUCUAAUAUUGGGACAGUGAUAUCAUUGCCAAUAUCAGGGUGGUUGUGUACCUUGGAUUAUGCUGGAGGAUGGCCUUUGUGUUUUUACUUAUUUGGUGGACUUGGUGUGGUGUGGUUCAUAGCAUGGAUGUUCUUAGUUUAUGACUCACCACAAAGACAUCCUAGAGUAUGUCCAAAAGAGGUUGAAUACAUUAUCUCAACUAUUGGUCCUCAGGAUGACAAGCCAAGUAUGUCAAUACCAUGGUGCAAAUUUCUGAAGUGCGUGCCGUUAUGGGCGAUCCUUAUAGCGCAGUGCGGUCAGUCAUGGCUGUUCUAUACGCAACUUACGGAGCUGCCUACCUACAUGAACAAUAUCUUGCAUUUCGACAUUGUCUCUAAUGCUCGCUUAUCUGCACUCCCUUAUUUGACUUCAUGGGUGGCUGGUAUAUUAAUAAGUAUUUUUGCUGAUUGGGUACUCUCCAAGGGAUGGAUAUCAAGACUUAAUAGUAUGAAAUUGUGGAAUACUGUUGCCGCGUCGGUGCCGGCGUUCGGUCUGCUGGGCAUAGCGUGGGCGGGAUGCGACCGCACCGCUGUCAUGCUCCUACUCAGCAUCACCUCCGCGUUCGGUGGCGCCGUCUACGCGGGUGAUUGCUCCUUAAUAAAUAAUAUAUAUAGGUCAUAUUUAGCUGUGCCCGCCACUUGGGCCGCGUGGAAAGUAAAAGUCCCAUUAAAAUCGGUCCAGCCGUUUCAGAGAUAAGCCGGAACAAACAAAACAAUAAAAUUUUAAAAAUGUUAUUUUGGUAUAUGUACCUUGUGUACAUAAAUAUGCGUUGAGUAGAAAACGGUUAUUUAAAUAUUACGGACAGACACUCCAAUUUAAUUUAUUUGUAUAGAUAAUAUCACAUACAUUGUUCAGAUUCCAAGAUGAGUAGGUAAAGCUCCCGUAUUAUGGAGUAUCUGAGCGUAUCCGAG